ACUGACCAGACCAGGACAUGGUACUACAACUACGCCGCCGUUCCCACAUCCGACUACACGGGCAAGCUCAACUUCGUUCCUAUGCUCUGGGGAGCACCCGAGGACCCGGCGAAUGACAUGACUUUCUACAACACUGUCAGCAACCUCAUCAAGGGAGGAUCAAACAUUACACACGUUCUCGGAUUCAACGAACCCGAUGGUUGUGGCCAAGGUUACGGUGGCUCCUGUGUUAGUGCCGCUACUGCAGCCCAGAUCUGGAAGAAACAGAUGGAGCCCUUGAAGCGCGAUUUCGGCGUCAAGCUCGGUGCCCCUGCAGUCACUGGUGCCACCACUGGAUUCAACUGGCUUCAGAACUGGUUCACUGAAUGUGCUGCUCUGGUUGCUAGCUCCUCCGACAGUGCGUCCAACACGACUUCUUGCGAAGUUGACUUUAUCCCUGCCCAUUGGUACGGCAACUUCGGUGGUUUGGCUAGUCAUUUGGGUCAGAUCAACGGCACAUACCAGAACAUUAGUGAGACUUGGGUCACCGAGUUCGCGUGUGCCGGCUGCUCUCUUGAGGACAGCCAGACUUUUGCCAACCAGAGCUUUGAGUACCUUGACCGCCUCAGUUACAUUGGAUCAUACUCUUACUUUGGUGCUUUCCGUUCGUCUGUCUCUAACGUUGGACCCAAUGCCGCUUUCUUGACCGAGAAGGGCAAGCUCACCGACAUUGGUGCUUGGUACCUCAACAAGGCUUCCACUGGCGCCAUCCCCAAGGGUGAUGCCAGCACUGUCGCCAAGUUUGCCGGCUGGAGUGGUCUUGUCGCUGCUACCAUUUUCUGGGGCAUCUUGUAA